ACAGCUGGCAAGUUUUUGCGCAAAAGUGGCCGCUUUUGCAGAAAAACUUGCCAGUAUAGACGCAGUCCAUGUGUGCCUUCUAAAUCUGUAAUCUGUGGAAGCAUCAUAGUUGACGUUGCCUCUUGAUUCCCACUUUAGUGAGACUAUAGCUCUAUAAACACACUGAACAAUUCUUGAAUAAAUUGAAUUUUAGUUAAAUUAGCUGUUAGAGAACCUUUUAAAGGAAAUAGGUAAAAUAAAGAACAUGUUCUGCCCAAAACAUUACUGCUUUCAGUUCUGUGAUAUAGCUCAAGAUUUGUUUUUGUUUUUUUUCUGAAUCUCUACAUAACAGCUGUGGAGGGAACAGCAAGGUGGUAUGGCAAGGAGAAUAUCUGGAUCUGUAGAGCAGGAGAGACAAAUGAUUCAGCAAUCAUGGCUAGUGCAGGGGAGGUGACCUGUCUGAUGCAGAACUUUGGCUACUGCCACCUGCAGCUGCGGCUCUCUGAGUCAGGCUGCAGAUAGGAUGAGUCAGUUCCCCGCACUGGGGUGGGGCGGCGAGCUCCAGGCUGUGAUGUCACCAUGGGGAUUAGAUUUUUCGGUCUGAUGCGCUCCGCUCCGCUCCGCUGUGCCCAUGAAGCCCUAGGGCCGCUUGAUGGUGCCAGGUGUGCGGCGGCCCCCAGCCGGAUUUUCUGUGUUUCCCUCCUCUCCCACGUCCACGCCCUUUGCCCGCCUCCGCCCAUCCCGGGCAGGGGGCUUCAUAAUAAAUCAUUGCAGCUGGCGGGGGUGGUCUAAGCGCGAGGCCGGGAGGACGCAGCGAUUGGUUUAGGGAAAGGGGUAACGAAACUUCUGAUUGGGCUAGUACCAUCCUUGGGGGCGGUACCAGGACGGAGGCUGAAGAUAACAGCUGGCUGGAACCAUCAAAGGGCGGCUAGCGGUGCCAGGAUGAAGCUGAUUGGUUGCGCGGGUUCUAGCUGAGGCCGUGGGCAGACCCACAGGCUGCCCGCGCAGGCCCUUCAGGAAGCACCAGACCAACGCUGCGAAGGGACAGUGCCAGAAAACGGGGGCGUGGCCGUGUGCUCUGAUGACGUAGAUAUACCGGAGGCGGUGGGCGUGGUCACCCCAGACUAGUAGGAGUUGGGCGGGGCUGGAUUUGAAGACAGCGCGAGCUGGGGGCGCGUUCGCAGCCAUGGGAGUCUUGCGCGCGGAGCAGGUGCAGCUAGCGGGGUGUGAUCCAGCUCAACAACCUACUUCUCAGGCACCAGAACAGGGGGCUCUUGAUGGCGGUCCCUCUGGGCCUCUCCCUAAUGUGACUAGUAAUCUUUGGCUGCAGCAGUCCCAGGCCCAGAUGGAAGAGGUGGUGAGCAUAAUGCGUGUGAAUGUGGACAAAGUGCUGGAUCGAGACAUCAGACUGACAGAGAUGGAUAGCAAGGCAGAUGCACUAGAGACUGAUGCCUCAGUGUUUAAAACUAGUGCAGGAUGGCUAAAGAGGAAGUACUGGUGGAAAAACUGUAAGAUGAUGAUCAUGCUUGGAGUGAUCUGUGCCAUUGUGAUGGCCAUUGUACGUGUGUGCUCAGAUGUGGGGGAUAUUCUGGUUGAGAACAUCUGUCGGUUUGACAGUGAUAUUUUCAUGACUCUGAAGUCCAAAGACUGGUGCACUUCCUUGCGAGCACACUGGGCAGACACAAUCAUUGCUGACUUGGAGAGGCUGCCUGCUGUUCUUGCACCACAUCACCCUCUGAUGAGCAAAAGGCAGAACUGUAGCAACUUUUCAGCAGAAACUUUUUGCUGCACCAAAAAUUAAAAAUAUGCAUUGCUCGUGUACACGCGCAGCAGCACAUUUUCUAAGGAGUAUCCUGAGCACAGUAGAAUUGAGGUAGUCUCUCUGAUUCUGUUCGCUCCUGCCUUCCCAGCCACUUUUCCUAUUCGUCUUCAGAGACCCUUCUCACAAGCAGUGUUUCAUACAGGAAGUGCAAACACUCCAGAAUACAUGGGAAAGGGGUUCUUUUCCUGGUUUUUCCUAACCCUGAAGCCCAAGGAUGGGCUCAGACCUAUUUUAGACCUGCAAUAUCCCAACACAUUCUCAAAGAAGUUGAAGUUCUGUUUGGUUUUCCUGGCUGCCAGUAUCCCCUACCUGGAUUUGAAAUACUGACAUGUCACCCUCAGCUUGAAGGACACAUACUUUCACGUGUCCAUAAGCCUGUCCACAGGUGGUUCCUCCACUUAAUGGUCUAUAACACCCAUUAUCAGUUUACGGUUCCCCCCUUCAGCCCCUUGGCAGUCCCUCAGGUGUUCAUGAAGUACAUGUAAGUCGUAGCCACCUUCCUUUGGAAAUGGCGGGUUCAAGUAUUCCCAUACCUAGGUGACUGGCUAAUCAAGGGUCAGUCCAGGGCCCAAGUAAAGGAUCAUGGGAGCCUAAUUCAGGUGAUGUUUAACAGGCACAGCCUGAUACUGUACAUGGCAAACCAGCUCUACCCCUUGCUUAAAGGGCAGAAUUUGUCAGAGCUCUCCUAGACUCUGGUCAGGACAGGGUGUUCCUUCCUUUCUCACCAGGGGUGCCACCAUAAAGGAGCUCAGGCAAUUCCCCACUAUUAUGGCGCAAAAUUGCCUGAAGCUGCUCGGCUCUAUGACUGUAUGUAGUACAGCAGGCCAGGCUAUGGCUAUGAGCACUUCCAGUUUGACUAGACUCAGUAUACAGGCCAAACUGAGACCACCCUGACAAACUGGUUAUACUCACUCCUCCAGUUAUAAGGUUCUACUGAAAGUCCAAGGAAAGGGAGCAUCAAUGAUCUUGAUAGCAGUGGCACAGCCAUGUCAACACUGGUUCACUACACUUCUAGGCCUGUUGGUGGACACAUCGAUAACACUGCCUGGACUUCAUCACGCAGGACCUCGACCAUCUCCAGCUUCCUAGUCAAGUCUCUCCAUCUCACGGCAUGGAAACUCCAUGGCUAAACCCUAUGGAGUUCACAUACUCAGACUUUAUUAGGGAGAUUUCCCUUAGCAGCAGAAAACCAUCCACUAGAGCCACUUACCUGGUCACUGCAAAAGGAGACCCACCAUUACAGUCAUUGAGUCCCUCCAUUCUGUACUAUUUACUGCACUUCAACUAGCAAAGCCUGGCAGUUUGUUCCAUAACAGUGCAACUGGCUGCUCUCACAGCUUUCCAUCCUGGUUCUGCCAGCUGGUCAGUUUUUGCUAACCCCGGGGUUGGCUGCUUCCUCAAGUGGCUAGAUAGAUUGUACCCAAGUAAGACAGCCAGUCCCCCCAUGGGAUCUCAGUCUGGUGCUCUCGAAGUUUGUGGGCCUUCCUUUUGAACCCUAGCAGCAUGCAGUCUCCUCUGUCUUUCCUGGAAAGUGCCAUUCCUGGUGGCUAUAACCUCAACAAGGAGGGAGUCUGAUCUUAAGGCCUUGACAUCCAAGCCCCCUUAUACCGAUUUUUGUAAGGACAAGGUACAGUUGCGGCCACACCUGCUUUCCUCCCAAAGAGAGUUUUUCAAUUCUACAUGAAAUGUCUCCCAGUGUUCUUCCCUGAGCUGCAUGCUAGUAACCAGAAAUGAAUGCUCCCCUCCCUGGAUGCCAGACGAGCAUUAGCUUUUUACUCUGAGGGGACAAAGCUGUUUCGAAAAUAACACAGUUCUUCAUUGCAGUUACUGGGUGGAUGCAGGGACUUCCGGAGUCACCUCGAGGGGUCUCUUCGUGGAUCAUGGCUGUGACCUAGCACAGUGUUUCUCAACC